GGUCUUCCCUUGGAUUGUACGAGCAAAAUGGAGAGCAACCAGAAACGUGUUCGGAGCUCGCUGAUAUGUGAUAGCAGCGCGGGUUGUUCCCUUUCGAAACGGCCUUUAUUAGAAGACCAAACUGUGAACGCAUUUAUAGAAUGGUGUUGUAAAUCCAAUUUCAAUCUUAGUCCCAAGGUAAAAAUAUCUGAAGAGGGUUCUGUUGCCAAAUAUGGUAUGAUAGCUACAGAAGACAUCUCUUGUGGAGAAUGUCUCUUUGAAAUACCAAGAUCGCAUAUAUUGAUUGCAGAGACUUCCAGUAUUAGCGAAUUGACCAAAGAAGUUGAUUUGUCAGCUACCAAAAGUGAUAAGGGUUGGAUCACACUCUUACUCAGCAUUUUACAUGAGUAUAACAAACCAAACUCAAAGUGGAGGCCUUACUUUAAUCUUGUUCCUGACUUCAAGCAUUUAGAACUGCCGCUCUUUUGGUCAGAGACCAAUCGGACAGAGUUACUACAAGGAACGGACAUCAAUAAAUUGGUCGAGUCAGACUUGGAAUCAAUCAACUCUGAUUUCAACAAUGUCAUUUUGCCUUUUGUGAAGAAACACCCGGAAGCUUUCCCGCCAAAAUGUCAAAACUUGAAAUUCUAUCACAAGAUGGUGGCAUUUGUGAUGGCUUAUAGCUUCAUGGAACCCACCAACCCUAUGCUUGACAGCUCCGAUGAGGACCAAGUCACUGCACCCCCCAUGAUGGUUCCUGUAGCAGACAUCCUUAACCAUGUUGCCAACCACAAUGCUGAGCUGUCAUACGAAGUGUCUUGCUUAAAGAUGAUCACUGUGAAAGAUAUUCAGAAGGGAGAAGAAGUGUAUAACACGUACGGAAUGCUAAGUAAUUCUCAGCUGCUGCACAUGUAUGGUUUUGCAGAACUCUAUCCCAAGAAUGUGAAUGACACAGUUGAAAUUCCAAUAAAAUUUUUCCAAGACAGUGCAGCCGAAUUGGCCGUUCACGCAGACAAUGAAGAAUUGCUACAACAGAAAUGGCAAAUGAUGUUAAUGUCUAACAUCAUAAGCGAGGACGAUUCCUUUCUACUCGGCAUGCGUGGUUUCCUUACCAAAGAUGAAUUGAUCUUAUUUCUCCAGAUUUUAUUUCUGAAUGAUUCAGAGUUUGUGACUUUGAAAGCAAAAGAGAGUUUCCAGAUUGAUCCAAAUGUAACAAACCAAACAAAUAACAAUGACAACGAUAAUGAUGACGACGGAGAGGAUUCUGAUGAGAGUUACGACGACGACGAAGAACUGCUUCGUUUUAAAGACCUUCGAACCUUCUGUCCUUCCUGGAGAAAGCUGCUCAUUCAAGUUGCAGAAAAGUGUUUGGCCCAGUACAGAACCACUUUGGAAAAAGAUUCCAGCACCCUGUUUUCAGAAAAUUUCGACCACUUAUCAGUGUUUGAAAGAUUUGCAUUCUACACCACCUACUCCCAGAAGAAAAUGUUAGAAAAGCUUGUCAGUGUUGAAUAAAUGCUGAAAU